AUGGAGAAACCAUUAUGGUACAGAUGGGCCAAAGUGCCUUUUGUAGGAACAUUGAUCAUCGGCACAGGUGUCGUUCUCUACAACACUAUCAUCCCCACCGAUGAAGAUUUGAUCAAGCUGUUCUCGCCCGAGAUCAGAGCGAACUACGAACGCAACAAAGCCCUCAGACAAAAGGAGCAAGAGGAGCUCAUGCGCAUCGUGCAAGAAACAGCCAAGUCCAACGAUCCAAUCUGGAAAACAGGGCCUAUUGUUUCGCCCUGGGAUAAAGAAACAAAGGGCAAAGUCACCCAGUUGGUGAACACCAAAACCUUCUACCAGGAAAUCGAAGACGAAAAGCGUAAGAAAGAGAUCGACCAGGCCAAGGAGCAGUUCCUUGAGACCGAGCAAUUGGUCGCGCAAAGCAAGAAGUCCUGGUGGAAGUUCUGGUAG